GCUCAAUCCACAAACCUCAACCAGUCACCGAUUAUCUGUAAAAGCCUGACACCAUCCACCAUCCACUAGUCAACCACCUCAGAUGUCUUCACCGCGUUGACAACGCCCUCCAUCAUACCAUGGUGAGCGUCAACGUGGCCGCCGCCGCAGCCGCCGCCGCCGCCAACAAGAACAACCCCGCCUCCUCGUCCUUGGGCUCCUCCCCGCCUUCCUCCCGCCGCCCGCUGCUUCGCCCGCCGAACCGCCUACGGUCGAGCGGCUCCUUCCACGCCGGCGCCCCCUUUCCUCAGCUCUCACCCUACGACGAUGACGGCCGCCGGAGGAAAAGCACCACCGGCGGAGGCUCGACGCACAAGUACCACACCUUCCCAACGGCACCACCCAAGACGGCCUCGGGGGGCAGCGGCGGGCACGGACACGGACAUGAAGACGGGAACGGGCACGAUCACGAGCGCGGCUCGACGCCGCUUCCGUGGAAGCAGCUCGGCCUGCUAGCGCUGGUAUCCCUGGCGGAGCAGACGGCCCUGAACUCGAUAUCGCCCUACCUCCCGACCAUGGUAUCCUCCUUCCCCGAGAUCCCCGCGGGGCACGCGGGCGCAUACGUGGGGCUCCUGGCCUCGGCCUUCGCGCUCGCGCAGCUGGCCACCAACCUCCUGUGGGGCUACCUCUCGGACACGGUGGGGCGCAAGCCGGUGAUGCUGCUGGGCACGUCGCUGCUGGGGCUGUGCUUCGGCGCCUUCGGGUUCUGCCGCGGGUACGGCCAGCUGGUGGGCGUGCACGUCGCCAUGGGCCUGCUCAACGGCAACGCGGCCGUUGUGCCCACGUGCCUGGGCGAGGUGACGGACCGCUCCAACCAGAGCCGCGCCUUCAUCUGGCUGCCCGUCAUGUACAGCAUCGGCGGCAUCACGGGCCCCGCCAUGGGCGGCCUGCUGGUCCGCGACGUCGGCGACGGCGCCUACCCCUUCCUGGCGCCCAACAUCGUCAGCGCCGCGCUGCUGUUCGCGAGCGUCGUCGUCCUGGCCGUGUGGUUCGACGAGACCCUGGACGGGGUGGACCGGAAGGCGCGCGUGGCGGGGCUCGGUUGGGUCGAGCGGGUUUUCGAGUGGCGGUGCUUGCGGUGCUUGCAGCGGCGGAGACGGGGCGAACCGCAGAGCGCGAGUUCGAGGUGGUUGGCGGGGAGCCGCGAUACCGGGGUCGAGAGCGCGCCGUCAUCGCCGUCGUCGUCGUCGUCGGGAAGUAGCGACGGUUCCACCGAGAACGAGGGUCUCCUCCAAUCUCAACGCCCCACACCCACCCAUUCCGACGACGACGAUCCCGCCGACGGCAACAAGAUGGGAUCCGAGCAGAAAUCGGCCUUCCGCGAGCUGGCCAAUCGCACCACCCUGGCGGUGCUGGUGACGUACCUCUUCUUCCAGCUCUCCAACAUCUCGUACAACUCUCUGUACCCCAUCUUCGCGUCGGCGCCGCCCCCCACGGGCCGCGGCCUCGGCCCCGAGACCAUCGGGCUGUCGCUCUCGUUUGCGGGGCUCGCCACCAUCCUCUUCCAGCUCACGCUGUUCCGCCCGCUCAAGGCGCGCGUGGGGAACCUGGGCACCUACCGCGCCUCCCUGCUGGGCAUCGCCCUGAGCAUGGCGCUGAUGCCCUUCGUCGGCCACUCGGACGAGAAGCCCUGGUUCAGGCUCGGCAGCGGGAGGGCGUGGCUGUACGCCGAACUCGGGGUCGUGCUGCUUCUGAAGAACGUCUGUGCUGUUGGGGGGUUGAGCAGCGUGAUGCUCUUGAUCAACAACUCGGCGCCCUCCCACGAAUCCCUGGGCACCCUCAACGGCAUCGCCCAGACCCUCUCCGCCGCCGGCCGCAGCGUCGGCCCCUUCCUCUCGGGCGGCAUCUUCACGCUGUCGAUGCGCGUCAGGCCCAAGGGCGAGGCCCUGGCGUGGGGCCUGUUCUCCGGCAUCGCGCUGGCCGGCUGGCUAGGCGCGUUCCUGAUCAGGGGCAGCGAUCUCGAGAGCGAGGACUGGGUCGGCCAGGAUGACGAGGAGGAGGGGAGCGGCGGGGAUGGGGACGGGGAUGAAGAAGCUUGCUCGAGCGAUCCGGAGAGAUGAUGGCUCUGUCCGCGGACGAUGUAUUUUGGGGGGGCUUCUUUGGCUGCAUUGGGAAGGGCGGUUUAGGCGCAACGACUAUGACGGGGGAGUUUUGGAUAGACGAGGGUUUUAUUUGGGCAUUUUAUUUGUAAUAGCAUUAACCAGCGAAACAAUCUCGACUUACGCCAUUUUAUCAAGCCUAGCUAGGCCUGGCCCAGCAAGGCCAGAUCUACUUCUCCUCCUUCACCC